AUGAUUAGAAGACUCGCAGCUUUCAGCGCUCUAUCGGGCCUGGCAACCGCCUGGCUGCCCGAGGUCAACAAGAAGAUCACCUCAACAAACGGGACGAACCUCUUCACGAGUUCGAACGGCAAGAUCCGGGGCGUGAAUCUGGGCUCCCAAUUUGUCUUCGAGCCAUGGAUCGCAGAGAAGGCGUGGUCGGAUAUGGGCUGCGGCGGCCAGAAAUCCGAGUUCGACUGCGUCUCGCGCCUGGGUCAGGCCAACGCGAACAGUGCUUUUGCGAGCCACUGGGGCUCCUGGAUCACACAGGAUGACAUCGCUGAGAUGGUAAGUUAUGGGCUGAAUACCAUCCGGGUCCCUGUCGGGUACUGGAUGCGCGAGGACCUGGUCUACUCGGACAGUGAGCAUUUCCCUCAAGGCGGGUUGCAGUACCUGGAGAAUUUGUGUGAGUGGGCUAGUGAUGCGGGCUUGUAUAUUAUCAUUGAUCUGCAUGGUGCUCCCGGGGCCCAGACGCCGCAGAAUCCGUUUACGGGCCAGUAUGCGCCCAUCGCUGGAUUUUACCAGGAUUAUCAGUUCGAGGGGGCGCUGAAGUUCCUGGAGUGGAUGACCACCAACAUCCACCAGAACGACAAGUUCCGCAAUGUUGGAAUGCUCGAGGUUGUCAAUGAGCCUGUUCAAGAUGCUGGCAAGGUCGGCUCAAUGCGGAGCAGCUAUUACCCCAAUGCUUUCAAGAGAAUCCGCGCUGCAGAGCAAAGCCUCAACAUCGAUAGGAACAACUACCUCCACAUCCAGAUGAUGGACAGACUCUGGGGCUCGGGUGAUCCCAACGAGUCCCUGACUGACACCUACUACGCCGCCUACGACGACCACCGUUAUCUAAAGUGGGCCAGCGUCGCCGUCUCCAAGGACAGCUACAUCAGCACAUCCUGCAGCGACCAGCUCAACAGCAACACCCCGACCAUUGUGGGAGAAUGGAGUCUGAGCGUUCCUGACAACGUGCAGUGGAACUCGGACUGGUCGCCUGACUCUAACAAGGACUUUUACAAGAAGUGGUUUGCCGCACAGGUCACGGCAUAUGAGAGACAGCAGGGCUGGAUUUUCUGGACUUGGAAGGCUCAAUUGGGCGAUUAUCGUUGGUCAUACCAAGGUGGGCUGCUCCUUACCAGACCAGGGAUUGGUGAUCAACAGGUGCUGACUCUUUAG